AUGCGUAUGGCUAUAUGUGAGCUGCUCUCUUCCUUUGAAUUUUGGAUUAAGUGUGAAAUUUUUGCCAUUUCAUUAAUGGUUUUUAAUUUGGUUAGGAGACGUUUGGCAACGGAGAUCUGUAAAAAGCUGACAAUACAACGAAAACAUCUCCAGGCCCGGGGUCCCGACCCACACCACAGCGUCCUGCCCGUGCGUUGGGAUGGAGAAGACGCCCGCAGGCUCCCUUCCUUCAUCCUCUCACACUCACCUACAGAGCCGGCCGCCCACAGGAAGGCGGUGAGUUUGGGGAGCAGCUACAAGCAAAGUCAAAAAUCAGCAAACGUCUACCGUUGUCACUUUUCAAACUUGCCGCCUCCUACUGGAAGUCCCGCCCCGUUCCGCCAAGCCCACUUCCACCAGCGACGGAUGCCGGUUGGGCUCAAGAGACUCCAGGCGGGUGGGGCUGGAGUUGUUAUGGAAGGGGCUGGGCGCGAGGCGGAACCAUUGCUCGCGGAGCUGGCGUCGAGUCGGAACCUGAAUUCCGCAGGACGUGGGAGAGCCGCGGUUUCGGGGAGGAGUCUGGAGUUGAGCCCAGCUCUGCGUGACUUCUGCCAGCGCUUGGAGCGUUUCGGUGUCCGAGCUGAAGAGCAAAACCAAGCGGAAGAAAUUUCACUAAAUUCAGGGUGACAAGGAACAGAGCUCUUGAAAAACACUGUCUGGGUAUCUUCAGAGG